AUGUUGCCCACACGAGCGCUCCUCAAGCGCUCCGUCUGGAAAGGCCCCAACCUCGUCCCUCUCAACAUCGUCUUUCCUAAGGGCCCCAACGACAAGGUGCCCCCCGUCCGAACGCAGGCCCGCUCGGCGACCAUCCUGCCCAACUUUGUCGGGCUCAACUUUGAGAUUCACAAUGGCAAGGACUAUCACCAGGUGACGAUUACGGAGGACAUGGUGGGACACAAGCUGGGCGAGUUUGCGCCGUAA